UCGGGUUCAGCGUUUUUAGAGACGACGAUGAACUCCAAGUUGGCAAACAAAUGAAAGAAGAGUUUCCUGUGCGAUAGAGAACUUCAUCAUCUACAUAGCUUCCAGUCAUUGGUGCCUCCGCGAGCUCAUAGUCAUGGUACAACUAACUUCUAAAUCGGAGGGGAAGAAAGAGAUUCUUCCCAUUUUCUUCGAUGUUGAACCUGAGAAUGUCCCGCUUAAAACUCCAUCCUACCGUGAUGCCAUAUUGAAGUUGGAGCAAGAGCAGAAGUUGAUCACUGUUGCGGUUGAGGCUUCUCGAAAGGCUCUUCAAGAAGUCGAUGAAAUAAAUAGAUGGAACCUGAUGAAGGAUGACGCCCGAGGAGGACUAAUCAAACUGGUUGUUGGGGUGGUUUUGAAUAAGCUGAAGACAAUACAUAAGUCCGUGACUGAACAUUUAGUCGGAAUGGACGGCGGAGUGGCAGAUCUGAGAAAGUUAUUAGAUAUCGAAGCAAGUGGUUUCUGGCUGGCUGUAGCUCAUGCAAUGAGAGGCAUAGGAAAAAUGACUCUUGCCAAGGUCGUCUUCAAUCAACUAUCGCCUCACUGUGGAAUGUGCAGCAGUUUCCUUGAAGACAUCCGAGAAAAAGUCAUCAAGAGAUGAAGGAUAGUCAAGUUGCAAAAAAGGUUAUCAUCGGAUAUUGUGAAUUCUUCCGCGGCGAACAACAUUGAUGAUGUUGAUUAUGGUGAGCAGAGGAUUGGAGAAACACUCCACAAAAAGAAAGUCCUCAUUGUUCUCGAUGACGUAGACAAGAGUGAACAAGUCCAGAAAUUAGUCAGCAAGUGUACCAUGUGGUUCAGGUUCUAGAGUUAUUAUUACAACUAGGAAUAAAAAUGUUUUGCAUUAUAAAGAAUUAAUGUAUGGCGUUCUAAAUUAUGAAACGGAGGAAAUGAGUUUUGAUCAUGGACUGCGGCUUUUCAGCAGGCAUGCCUUCAAGAGAGACACUCCUUUAGAUGACUACCACAUCCUUUCAAGAGACGUCGUCUCCAUAACUGGACUACUUCCUUUGGCUCUUGAAGUGUUAGGUUCGUUCCUUUAUCGAGAAGGAGAUAGGAAAAGAGGCAAGACAAAUCAAGUUCCACAAGAUAUCGCAGGAAAGUUGAAGAAGAGUUAUGAUGCCUUAAGUACUGAUGUUGCUUGCUUUUUCAUUAAUGAGAACAAGAAUAAUGCAAUUCACGUGUGGAAGGAUUGUGGAUAGUCUCCAGAAUGGGGUAUUGAUGUCCUCAAUAAAGGUUCGAAAUGACAAGGUGUCCUGGAUGCAUGACCAACUAUGAGAUCUUGGAAGGGAAAUCGUCCAUCAAAAUGCUGUAACAGAUCCUGGAAAUAAAGCAAAGCGACAACUAUCGAUAAAUAUUCUCUAUUUUACCAAGUACCUUUCUUUUGAGGGGUUUCUUCUUCUCUGUGAAAUGUGGUUGCUGAACAGAGAAGAGGAACUUCAACUCGCUGAUUAGUUUUUACUGUAACAGAGAAAAAAAAAUGUUCAAGCACUCCAUCUAGCCUGGCAUAGUUUUCCAAGAUUCCAUAUUACUAUUGGAAAGAUGGAAGAAUUUGGACAACUAAGGUUCCUUAAAUUGGACAGAAAAACUUUUGUUGGGGACUUCACCAAUUGACUUUCAAACUCAAGAUGGAUUUCUUGGGCUUAUCCUCAACCGGAUUUUAGGGUGGCCAGUAUGCAUUAAAGAAUGGAGUCGUUUUCGAACUUUGUUACAAUGACUUCACAAAUGAAGUAUGGAGCAUACUCAAGGUAAGUUAUGUGUUUACUUAAAGCCAAAUUGUCUGAUCUUAUGGUACUUUUUUUUAGUAAAGUCCAUCUUCUAGUCUGUUUUUAUCUUUCUCCUUUAGUUGUAUGAUCCUCUAAACUAGAUAUUUCACUUCUGCAAUACGUUGUUCUCUAUUUGCAGAUGGCAAGUUCUGACGCUGAAAAACUGUUCUGCCAUAACUAAAACUCCAGACUUUUCUAGUUGCUCCCAAGUUCGAUGGAAAUUGACUGCUCCACUGGAAAACUGAAGUGCUUGGCUGACUUGAGUAUUGAAAGUUGCAGGCGUCUUAAAGAGU